UCAUGCUGCUGCCAGGUCCAGAGUGUCUCAUGGGUCCCUGUACGGCCUCCCAUUGCUGCUGUCUCCAUCGCCACACUCUGCCAUGUGCCACUUUCAGGUCUCCUCACACUGCUGGUGGGUUCCAUUUUGUCAUAGGGUGCUGGCAGAUUACGGGCCUCCCAUUGCUGCUGCCAGGCCCGUAAUCUGCCAUGGGCCCCCGUACCGCCUCCUCAUGCUGCUGCCAGGUCCAGAGUGUCUCAUGGGUCCCUGUACGGCCUCCCAUUGCUGCUGUCUCCAUCGCCACACUCUGCCAUGUGCCACUUUCAGGUCUCCUCACACUGCUGGUGGGUUCCAUUUU